GACCCAAACAGACUUCAUAAUCAAACGCGUUGAGACACCAGGUCUGGGAAUGGCACCCGUCCCGAACGCAAUAGUAAAUUGAAUCAGUGCAACAUCAACUGGACUUGUAUGGCGAAGGAAUUGUCACUUACAGAACCAGUGAACCACCAGGAUACACAAAAUGGGCGUCCCGAAGUUUUACAGGUGGAUCAGCGAGCGGUAUCCGUGUCUGAGCGAGGUCGUCAAGGAGUACCAGAUCCCAGAAUUUGACAACCUGUACCUGGACAUGAACGGAAUAAUCCAUGUGUGUUCCCACCCAAACGACAAUGACCCACAUUUCCGAAUAUCAGAAGAGAGGAUGUUUAAGGACAUCUUCCAUUAUAUUGAGGUACUGUUUCGUUUGAUCCAACCAAAGAAAGUGUUCUUCAUGGCAGUGGAUGGAGUUGCCCCACGAGCCAAGAUGAACCAACAGCGUGGCCGAAGGUUCCGUUCUGCCAAGGAGGCUGUAGAUGCUGAAAAGAGGGCCAGAGAUCGGGGAGAAGUCUUACCUACAGAGGAGAGAUUCGACUCUAACUGCAUCACGCCAGGGACGGAAUUCAUGGCUCGCCUAGAUACCCACUUGCAGUACUUUGUAACCUACAAGAUCUCUCAAGAUAAAAUGUGGCAAAAUUGCAAAGUUAUUUAUUCUGGUCACGAGACACCAGGGGAAGGUGAACACAAGAUAAUGGAGUAUAUCCGAUACACCAAGAGUCAGCCAGAUUACAAUCCAAACACUCGACAUUGCCUCUAUGGCUUGGAUGCUGAUCUGAUCAUGCUUGGGUUGACCUCCCACGAACCUCACUUCUCACUGCUUCGGGAAGAGGUACGGUUCGGCGGGAAGAAGGAUAGCAACUCAAGAACACCGACGCCAGAGGAGACAACUUUCCAUCUCCUCCAUUUGAGUUUAAUGAGGGAGUACAUAAGCUAUGAAUUCAACGAACUCAAAUCAACGUUGCCGUUUCCUUUUGACUUGGAGAAUAUAAUUGACGACUGGGUGCUCAUGGGUUUCCUUGUGGGUAAUGACUUCAUUCCACACCUGCCCAACCUACACAUCAAUAAGGAAGCCCUUCCUAUACUCUAUCAGAAUUACAAAAGUGUUCUGCCUACACUAGGGGGCUAUUUGAACAGUGGCGGCAAGUUGAACUUGGAGAGGUUUGAAAAAUUCAUCGAGAAGUUGGCUCAAGUGGAAAUUGAUCAAUUUCAGGAGCUCAGUGCAGACCUCAAAUAUUUCAAUGCCAAAAGGUCAAGAGAUGGAAGUGCCUUUAAAGUGAACAAGGGAAAAGCUUCCGACAUGGAAUUAGUGCCAUUCGAUUUGAGUGAUGAGGAAGGCACCGAUGAUGAGGGGGAGAUUGACCUUGAGAAAACUUUUGAAAAGCUGGGCCUCGAGUCGCAGAGUGGACUCUUUGACGAUGGGGAGGACGACGAUGACGGCUGGGAAGAGGACGAAGAGUUCCGCCAGCAUAAGAGAGAGUAUUACAUGACGAAAAUGAACUACGAGAACGUGGAUUCCGAUGUGCUCAAAGAGCAGGCAACAUGCUAUGUGAGGGGGAUCCAGUGGAUUCUCAAUUACUACUACAACGGGAUAUGUUCGUGGUCAUGGUAUUAUCCAUAUCAUUAUGCCCCUUACGUGUCCGACAUCAGAGGCUUUUCCGACCUGAGGCUAGAGUACAAUAUGGGGAAGCCUUUUAUGCCUUACGAACAACUCCUAGCAGUGCUUCCCCCUCUAAGUAAGAAGCUUUUGCCAGAAGUGUACCAAGGCCUUAUGACAAAGGAAGAUUCUCCAUUGAAGGAGUACUACCCGGAAACGUUCCAGACCGACUUGAAUGGAAAACAGCAGGAAUGGGAGGCUGUUGUCCUCAUACCUUUCAUUGACGAGAAAAAACUCCUGGAUGCCAUGGCUCCGUGCAACGAGAAGUUGGCCGAGGCUCAGAAGCAGCGUAAUAUUCAUGGGCCCAUGUAUAUUUAUUCUUACACACCAGAUAAUCUUCGAGAGUACAAGGCGCCAAAAAAUUUUCCUUCCGUUGGAGUGAAUCAUGCAGCGUUGGAGCUAGUUUAUCGAGAUAAGUGGGAAAUAUUGCCAGACAAAAUCUUGAAGGGGUUGUGCACGAAAGUCAAGCAAGACCUAUAUUUUGUUGGCUUUCCCACACUGAAACACAUACCCCAUAAGUUCCACAUAGGAAAAGAAGCAGUGAAAGUGUUCCAGCAGAACAGCCGUGGUGAGAAUUUCAUUUUGGACAUCACUGAACAGGACACCAAACCGGAUUUAAAAGACCUUGCUAAUCAAUUGCUUGGUAAAACCCUCUUUGUAUCAUGGCCUCAUCUAGUCGAAGCCAAGGUCACAGCUUUAGCGUCAUCCUCGGAGAAGUAUUAUCGGGUGAAUGGGGAACUGCGCGUAGAGGUGCUGGAAGGAUACAAGAAAGAGGAAACCAGCCUCUCGAGGAAUAGCAUUGCGACCCACUAUCACGACCGAUGGGGAAUCAAUGUUGGGAACACUGAAAUUCUGGUGUACGCAACAGCAAUGACUGGGAGGAGGUAUGUACCAACUCCAAACGGAAGAAUUACUCUUGAGAAAUCCUGGUCAAACAUCAUUCAGCCUUAUGCCUACCAGACUGUAGUAAGAGAUAUCACAGUUCACGACCCAGGAUACAGAGAGCACAUCAGCGUGGAGGAGUACUUUGCACCGCGAACCAAAGUGUUUAUGCUGGGGCAACCUUGCUAUGGUAGUUUGGGAGAGGUAAUUGAGAUCAACCCAGAACACAAAGGGAGGAUCCGGGUUGUCAUGACUGUCCUCAAAGAGCCAAGCUUUGAUGUCGUGAGGAAGAAGCAGGAGGAACUCGACAUGAGAUAUAUGCCGGGGUACAUCGCAGGACAGAAGGUCGGUAUCUCCACUCAUUUAUUGGCCCGGUUAACGGGCACAGUCUUCCUUCUUCCACCUUCGGCGGACAACCCAGGCGAGUUGGACAUGAAGAACAGGCUGAACAUUGGGCUAAAUUUGAAGAACAACAAAAAGAGCGAAGAGGUCGUCGGUUAUACCCGAAAAGUGCUGGACGCUGGUGGGGCAAAGACCAUUUGGUUAUACUCUCCGAAGACUGUCCAAACUAUUGUUGAAUACCAGUCAAAGUUUCCAGAAAUCUUCGACCACUUGGCAGAGCAGAAGGGAGAAAAGGAUAUAUUUUUCCAGGAUGAAGUAUUUGGCCAGGAACAACAUAAGGAGCGCGUAGCAGAGUUGACAACAUGGCUGAAAGAAUCAGACUUUGCCAAAGCAGCUCGUCAAAAGUGUGGCACCCCUUGUCUGGAUGAGGCUGUUGUAACGAGGAUUAUGGAGGAAGUUGACAAGGUUUCAGCAAUCAUGGCCACGUCUAUCAAAAUGCAAGUUCGGCCUCACUUGCUGUUUAAGCCCAAUCCGCUCCAAGGAAGCACACCUCCUGAUCUCACUGUCACGUAUAACUUGUUCGACAGAGUGACCAACUGCAGGGAGGGAUUUUCUGUUCCCCUUGGUGCCACGGGGACUGUAAUCGGUAUUCAUCGAGCAGAGAAAGAGGCAGAUGUCCUGUACGAUAUAUUAUUCGAUGAGGCGUUUGAAGAGGGCUUGACUUUUGCCGGACCAGCGACUGCUAAACAUUGCUACAGGCUUCAUUCAGCCUCACUGAUCAACUUAUCACAUGGAAGUCGACAUAAUUCCACUGGCAGUACCAAUGGAAAUAUGAGGCCUGAAGAGCCAAGACCCUCUGUGUGGAAUAAUAAUCGUCAGGACCAGAACUAUCAUUAUAAUCAUCACACUCAAUCGCAAGCAGUGAGACAAGGCUUUUCUCCUCACCCUAGUCAGCAACACAUGUCAUAUCAGUCUCCUCAGGGCAAUUUCAACAGAGGGCAGGGCUAUAGCAGUACGCCUCCAAAGAAUAACCCGGGGUUUGAUGUAGCGAGCCCUCAGCCUCCAGACCCCAAUCAGUUACCAAGUCCAUCAGGCCUUUAUGUGAGUUCACUGACUAAAGCACGUUGUCCAGACAUUGCAAAUGGCGGACCAGAAGUAAAGAGAGAGUUAAAUCAUUCUGGUCAACAGGGAAUGGCUGAGGUUCGUUCUGCCAGGGAAGUCGAGUGUGUCGUCUUUGGAACGUACUAUACCCUGUGGAACAAAAUUCACCAACAGGGUAUUGGUAGAAUACCGGGCCAUAUUUAUAUUGUGUGCUUUUCGUACGUUCCUAAGAUCAAACCGGGACCAAAAGCAUUCCAGCUGCUCAUUUUCGUAGACAUCAAGAAGGCCCUCGAAGAUGGCAUCAAGUUUUACAGAGUCAAUGAACAGCAAAUAUCCUGCACUGGAGACAGGCAGGGUUUCAUCCGUCCUAAGUACUUCAGUAAGGUUGUAGAUUGUGAAAGUAAUAGUAUUAUAUACACAUCCCAGUAUGGUUUUGGCACUGAAGCAAUACCUGCGAACUUUGGAAGAGUGCCAGGUGGUGUGUAUGGCCAAACACCACACAUUGGCAAAGGUAGGGGAAGAGGCUUCGUAGGGCAACAGCCUCAGGCAAUUCAGUUGUACGAAAAUAUUUGGUCACAGAUCCAACGGGAAGAUAACGAGCACGGAAACGCACGGCCUGUUCAGAGUCGAGGGCCGUCAAAUGCAGCGCACUUCCCUGGAGGGAGGGAAGCUGGUAAAUCAGACAAUGGCAGAACGGAGGUGUCAGUGGAGGACAUAUUCAGGGGAGCCAGAGCUUGUGCCACUCAGGUUCAGGACCAGUCAUUAGCACAACAGCUGAGUGCCGAUCUUUUGUCAAUGCUGAAGCCGACUCAACAACAACCCGACAGACAAGUUGUGGAGAAUGCCGCUCAUAAAGACGAUUCCCCGACGAAGUCGGCGUUUGUGCCCACUCAGGUCAUUCGUAACAGAACGCCGCGCAAGCCAAAGCCCAACAUGUCCGAGGAGUCUGGGAGGCAAGUACCUGCCGCCGAAGGGCAAAGUUUGACCUCAGCAGACAUGGAGAGGCCUCAGGCACAACAGACUCAGAGGCAUAUCCAGCAUCCGAAUGGGAACGGCAACAAACCGCGGAGAAAAGUGCGCAGCAGACUCGCCGUGAAUUUUGGUCAGCCCUUCAUGGAAGACACAUAAAGUGUGAAGUUGUUCACAAAUGGUUUUAUAAGUGUGAUUAUGUAAUCGGUGUAAACUACUGACAUGUAGAAAAAGAUAUUUUUGUGUGGAUGACUUUAUUUUAAAUAACAGAAAUACAACGAGAUCCUUCAUAUUGAAGUCCAUAUUUCAUAUAAUUAGGAAACCCCCAAGGCCUCGGAGCAGAGAAAUAGUUAAUGUUUCUAGGAAAGUUUAAGCUUAGAUUUUAUUGUUAAAUAAUGUACAAGAGCAUCAGUAAGCAGCAGUAUGUAGGAGAUGGCAAGUGUCACACUGCCAAGUGUUUUAAUUGGACUGGCUUUUACUCUUUCCCAUAUUUCAAGAAUUUUGUGGCUUUCAAGUCAGUGCAUUCUUGAAAUGUGUAAUUUUCACCCAUGAAGUGCAAAAGUGUCUUUUUUUCUGUUUUUUAUUUUAACUUUGUGGUGCUGAUGUUCUAGAUUAAUUUUUCUUCUAAUUAAAGUAAUGUGUGUAGGAGGUGAGUUUCUAUAUUGUGACCAUGGUCAUUAUCGGAUGCUUGUGACCAAGGUUAACAAGGCAUUGAUCUCAAGUACCUUCUUGCAGAGACGACAAUCUACAUUCUGUAUUCUUGACUGUCCCUAAGAACAAAGUCACAGAUAUGACAUUAUGCAAGAUGCAUUAUAUAACAUUAGUUUGGAUAGCUAUGGAAGUUUGUGUAGUUGGAAUGUAGAUACACAUAUCAAAUGCUAUCUGAAACAUAUGUUUACAAAAGUAUGCAGCCAGGAGGAGGAAGAGACGUAUGAUUACCUUUCCAGAACCUACUUCUCCAACUCUAUUUCAUUGUUGAUACUCAUGACAGUUUCUCUACAUUCUAGUGGGGAAGUUUUUCAAGUCUGAAUUGGGAGUUAUUUAUUUUGGAAAAUGUAAACAUUUAUAAGAAAUAUCUAUGAAUCAAUCUUAUAUUUUUAAAAUGUUGCAUGGAGCUACAAAUGGCUUGACAGAGUAUGCACGUUAUAAUUGUUUUCAGCUACAUUUGUUUCAUUUUGUAACUUCCCAAGGACUGAGCUGCAAGGCUGAAAUUUCCCAUCGUUGUUCAGAAUUCAUGAUACUAUAUUUCAGAUUUACAGUAUUCUUUACUGUAAAAGUAAAGUACAGGGGAAACAUGCAAUAUCAUAAUUGUAUUAAGAAAAUGUUUUAACCCUAGCUACAAUGAAUAGAUAUACUGGUUUUCAUGAGAUUUUUAUAAUUCUUAUCACUUACUGCAGUAGCCAUGUCACUUAUUUUAUAUUAAUGUGUCAUGUUGGUAUUUCUUGCUGAAAGAAAUAUCUAUAAACCCCACAGCACUGCCAUUUUCACUUUAAUAGAUGUAUUUAACUUGUGAAAAUAAAAUCCCCCUGCAUUGAACAUUGUAAUUGUAGUGUUCAUUGUUCUAUAUAACCAGAACUUGUACAAUCCCCCAUGAGUGUCACAGCAGGUCUUGAGUGAAAUAUUUGAGAUUUAAAGAAGGAACUAUGCAAUACUCUAGACUCAUAGGUCUGGAUAAACUAAUCCUUAUAACAAUAAUAGUAUACUGAUGGUUUCUAAUCUCCCUUUUGGUGUGAGAAUUGUUGUUCUUUCUUCUUAGUGAAACUAGUCCAUUCUUGUAACUCUCUAAUGCCUUUUUGUAUUCACAGCAGAUCUCUACAGUAAUCUCAGCAGAUUGAGAUAUAAAAUGUGGACCCCAACAAAAAUGUUAAAAUUCAGUCUUUUGAAAUGCUUUGGACGCUCCUUUGAAUUUAUCCACCUUUAGUUCUUUCAUAUAUGGUAGGAUUUUUUCAUGAAUUACGUUAAGUUUGUGUAAAUUUGGAAUCAUUUUAAUUUUCGUCCUUCUCAGUUAGGGCUCUUAAAAGAUAACUCAUAUAAACAUGUACCUGUACUGAAUCAGAUUUACCUGUUUGUGUAGGUGAUUUUUCAGUAUUUUAAUGUUUUGUUUUGCAAUCAUAUGUUCAUCUUGGUAAUUGAGAAUGAGUUAGAAUUUUGUACUUGUUUUGGUCAUUUCAUGGGUAGCAAAUAACCCUACAUAAAGCAAUGGUUUUCCUGUGAGUGGAUGUUACAGUUGAAUGUGCUAAAUAGUAUGGCCAAUUUGGGAUAAUAAAUGUUCAGCACAAAAAGAAUUGAGAGAGAGAGAGAGAGAGAGAGAGAGAGAGAGAGAGAGAGAGAGAGAGAGAGAGAGAGAGAGAGAGAGAGAGAGAAAAUGCAAAGGGUAGAAAUAAAUAGAACAUAGUACGUAGCAAGAGAAGAAGAUGAAUGGAAGUACUGAUGAGGAAAUUAUCAAACAAAAGAUUGACAUUGAUUGAUGCAUCAAGAUUACAGCGCCACCUAUUACCAACUUCUGAUUUUUGAACAACCAUUCCUUUUUGGUUCAAAUAAUUUCUUCUGUGGAGAGGGGCUGGGUGAUCAAUACAUUCCAGAAACUUUUUCUAGUUAGUCGCAUUUCUUGGGAAUGUCAUUCGUGUUAUUGGACUAACAACAAUUACGAUAACUUGUCACGUACCAGCAGCCAAUUCAACAGCAUUAUCUACAUGGAUGGGUGACAUACAUUACCAACAAAUUGAAAAAUAAUUCUGGAAUAUAGAAUUACAGAAACAUAUACAGUAUAUGUAUAUGAGUAAAUAGUAAGUACAUAGUAAAUAGUACAUAUGACUACACUUGACACUUUCAGUACUUAAUCAUUCAUAAAUAUAGACAUGUAGAUGUUUCCUGGCCUACGUUGACUCGUUUUAUAUUUCAGUUUUACAGUGGUAGAAACUGUAUUCUGAACUUUGAAUUUUCAUUUUGUCUCAAAUAUGUAAUUGGAUGUUUGCCCAGUCUGGGAAAUAUUUUGGGGAAACCUGGGUGGUUGCUCUGUCCCCAGCCAUUUGGAGAACUUAAUAGUUCACAGGUAAUGAGAAAUGGUGCCUUGCGGUACCCUGCUAUCUUCCAGAGAUGUCUUCAAGAAGUUCUGAGACCAUUCUCCUUUGGACCUGUGGUGACUGCUCUCUAUAGGUUAUGUAGUUUCCAAGUUCCUCUCGGACAUAAGUGACUCGGAUGACCCAAGGCUAGAGACUGAAUGGAUGAGUGACUGGCUCUCUUUCUGUUGCUCUUCUUCCUUCCUUUGCAAGAGUGUAAUCAGGAUCACUACAUGCUGGACAGGCCAAGUUGCAGAUAUACUUCACAAUUGAGCAUCUUAACUUAGAGCUCUGGUUCACAAAGGGUGACUCCCUCCACUCUCCCUAAAGCUAUUUUCUUAAGCCAUCAAUUUAUGAUUGACCCAGAUACUUGCUGUCUGCUGAUCUGGGCUACUGUGUUGUCAGGGCAACUCUGGUUCUCAGAAGUUUUCCAAGCGUGAGAGUUCAGAUGCAUCUCACUCUGGCUUAGGCCUAAUCAAUUUUGCAUCCCUAUGCCAGAUUGUAUGGACAAUUGCUGGAAUUAUUGCUCAUGAGCACACAAUCGUGACCAGGGACAGCAAUUCUGAGUGGAAAUUCAACCUACCAGUCAGUUGAGAGAUGCUCUUUCCACCUAAGAAUGAGUCUUUUACGAGAAAGGCUGUGGUUUAUAGCCCUAGCAUUUGAUCGUAAUCCCAUUUCAACUACCCAGCAUAGUCCCUGAUGCCGAACAAAAUAUGCGUGGUGACGGCAAGUGAGUGGAACUCCUUCCCCCCUUCCAAUCACUGCCCCGCUUAUCACUUGGACCACCAAGUGAGCUACCUUGUUACCAAGAUUCCAUGACCUAUUCCAGCUUGUACUACUAAAAGCUACUCCUAUAUGUAAGGCUCUUGUUUGUAUACUAGGAAAAGUAUAACUUGUUAUAAAAAUUAAAUUUUUCAGCUUUUCAACUUGAAACAUGAAUUUACCAUGUUGAAGUAUCCACUCAGCCAAUUUUUUAAUGUGUUUUUGGUAGCUGGAACAGUUGAAAUGAAAAGAAUGAGUUUGAAAUUGUCCUUAGCAUUUUCAUAUGUUUUUUGGACACAAACAAACAUACAUUGUUAACAUGUGACUUUCCUCUAAGGAGUGAUCAGUAAAAGGUGAAUUACAAUGUGAAGUUGACUCCAAGUUGAAAUAUCACUGCUGGAUGUUAAACUUGGGACAAAGACUUGCCGUAAAAAACCUUGGUUAUCUUUGUGUAUCUUUUAUAGCUAUAGUUUAAGCAAUGAGACCUAUGAGAAAUCAUUAGGACUUCUUAAUGUACAAGAUAAUUUACACCGGUCAGGUUUUGUUCUUGAGGGAGUUGUCCACGUUUAUUUGUUUUGUAUUACAGAAAACUUUCUACCAGUUUCAUAAAGCAAUGAAAUGUAAACUAGUAGCUCUUGGCUACAACCUUGCUUUCCAUAUUUUGCUCAUCUGACUUUCUGGUUCCAGUAAUGUUUUGCCAGCUGCGCGCAAGAAAGUGUCUUGCUUCUGUAUUCAUAGCUCUCAGUUUUCUGUAUCAUUUUCAGCAAUUUCAGGGCAUUUCAAAUUACUUGUUGCAAUGUAUAUCCCAGAGAUAUGUGCUUAUUCUUUUCAUUUAUUUAAAGUAAAAUGUAAAUGAAUUCGCUGCUGGUUUCAUACAACAGAAAUACAUACUCCUUGUGUUGAUGGUGUGUGUGUGUUUGUGUAAUUAGAGUCCAAUUUGUUUCUACGUGUGCAUUGAUGGUGUACCUGUCGUAUUUGUUUUUGGAACCCCUUACAACUUCGAGUUUAUAUCCCUUAGGUGGUAGUACUAUUAAUUCCUUUCAUUCCUUUCAUUGUACUCCUGUUCAUAUUGUCUUUCUUCUGUCUUCCUUUCCACCCUUUCCUAACAAUUGUUUCAUAUUGUAACUGUGAGGUUUUCCUCCUGUUACACUUUUGAAACCCUCUUUUCUCUCAAUUACCCAUUCAUCUCUGAAUGACUUCAUGGGUUCCAGCGCUUGGCCAUUGGCCUAAAUUCUAUAUGUAUUCCUUCCGUCAAGGUUAUAGGUUAUUUUAUUAUUACUAAUUGUAUUGAUCUGAUAUUGGCAUUUAAUAUGAUGCAAGCACACUAACGCAUCCAGUCACAUGAUUCUAGGCUUGCUUUAUUUUCACCUUCCGAUGACCAUGUCACUGAGUGAUGUCUUAUAAAAUAGUCCUAAAUGAAUGAAUUUUUCUAUCCUGUGUCGAUCGUGCAGAGUUUCUCAGUUUGUAUUAUAUAUUUUUAACCACUUGCAAUAUUCAUAAAAUACUGUAGCAGAAACAUCGUUGGUGGUUCAUAAUUCAUUUUGAAUGAAUGUUUAUUAUCACACUUCUGCUUGCAAAGGUUAUGCAACAUUAUCCAAACAGUAAAGACAGCAAUGUAUUGGUUUUUCUGUGAAAUAAUUAUUGCUGUAAAACUUUUAAAGGAAUCAUCUUAUCAUCUAUAUGAAUUUUGCUGGUUUCGUAUGCUAUUUUAUUCAAGCAAAAGACAACAUUCUAGAAGUAAGGCUGUGGAGAGAAUUCUGUGAGUUAGAUUUCAUGUGGAUGUUGUUGGUUAUCUCUCUUUCUGAGAAAGAAGCCAAAGACCGUACUGUAAUGCAUAUAUAAACUCAACUUGGUUUAAGAAAUGAAGGUAUGUAUUUGCAACUUUAAGUAGCGACACCACCCUACUUACAAAUGAGUUACGUCCCAGAUGGCUGUUUGUGUUGAAUUUUUUUUGUACAGGUAGCCCUUGGUUAACAGUGGGGCUUCCGCUGCUGUUAACUAGAAAUUUUGCGCUGUUAACCGGAUAUCGGCGCUGCUAACCAGAGAUUAGCCCCAAAAAUCCAGUUAACAGCGUCAUUAGACAAGUGCUGUAAAACCGGAUAGCCAUUUAAUGAUACCGCCGUUAACCGAGAGCUGCCUGUAGUUGGUUACUGUACUCUUCAUGCCGAUUUAAAUACAGUAUGAUGUAAAAUCAGUACAGUUCUGUACGUUUUAUCAUCUUAGAACACAAUCCACUGUACAUACACUACUGUAUGUUUACAGUAUGUAUGGAGAGAAUAGGCAAGCAUAACAAAAUUUGAAAUUACGGGUGGCAAAGGGAAGUGUUCGAAGACCACUCUAAUUUACGAUCACAUUUGGUUGUGUCUGAAUGUUUGUAAGUAUAGAAUGUUCUUAAGUAGGGUGGUGUCUGUACUGUAUUGAGAUAUUUUUAUGGCUCAUAGUUCGAGGAGUUUUGCAAGUAUUUUCUAAUACUGUGUAUUUCCGUUCUUUUAGGGUGUAUAGUAUGUUGCAUGUGAUUGUUAUCAUUAUAUUACUUUAUUAUUAUUACUGUCAUUAUCAUUGCUAAAAAAGUUACUGUGUCGUGACAGAACUGUUCUUUGUUGAAAAUCAUCAGUCAUUGCAAUAUCUUGGCUUGUAAGCUUUGACUGGAAUACAAGAUACAAUAUGGGAACCAACUUUGGAUUUUAGUGGCACCAUCACAAACAAGAGUACGUAUUGUCCUACAAUGCCAAGGGUCUCAGUAGUAUAUGGAAGAUAAAAAUUAAGAAUAUACUAUAAAAGAAAAAUGAAAGAUAGUAAGAUGGCUGACUGUGAAAUAAGACAGAUGACAUUAUUCCAAACAAAAAUAAACAUUUGCACCAAGUUUUGAAUUUCUGAAGCCCCAAAUUGUUGUGAAGCAUAGACUCGUUUUUCCAGAAUCUGUGCCUGCUGACUGCUGUGUUCAUUAGUUUAGGUGUUUUUCCAGCCUAGUCAUAUUGAGAGUAUGUUAGCUUCUCUGCCGAGCGAGGCACCAUUUUUGUAGAGAUAAUUAACCUCUUGUUCUUUCUGAAUUAGUAUAUAUGAUUUUGCAAUUUUUUUUACUAAUAUAUCAAUGGCUGAUCUGGGUGUCACAGUUGUCGAGAAGUGAAUAUGAAAUUGUGGUUACCAGUGGGAUUCCUGUCUUCUUUCCGUAGCCUAUAUUGUAGAUUAUAAUCAUAACUAGCUUUUUAUAUGUGGUACUGUACUCAUAACGAAUGAAAUGAUUCACACUGGUUUGAAAAGAAAAUGCACUUGUUUGAAAGAGCACUUCAGGGUUGAGUUUUGUGACAAUGAUAUUGGCACAAAGAACAUUUAGAGUGAAUGUAUCACAUUGCACCGACAAGUGAGACUCGGAUAAAAGUUUAUUGCAGUACAGUUUAUUGUACGGUAUGAUUAUAAUUACUGUGUAAUAUUCAGUGAAUAGGAUUAGGUUGUUUGUAAACAACUCCCGAUUAUGACACGUUAAAAAUGAAGGACUCUUGUAAAAAAAAAAAAAAGUCUGCAAAUGAUUGAUGAAUACACAUUUUUGUUACGUUUUGUUGCUAAAUAUGUUUUAUUUCGUCUCUAGUUACGAGUAUCUGUGAACAGGUCCCUGUUUACUGGAUGCUCUUGUAUGAAAUAAAAGAUCUUAGAUCAA